CAUCAGUGACUUUGUCACAUAGCCAAGUAUACUGUAGAUGCCAGCUUUAGUAAAUCUGUUUAUUGUUUUGGUUUCAGAGAUAAGAGAGGUCGGGAGACCAAUGUUUUUCAGCAUAAAUUAUUAGUGAUAUACUGAUGAACUCAAACUAAACUACCAGUUUUUCGAGAUACGCUACAGACUUCUGGUGGCAAAUAUGUUGCUACCAAAGCAGUUUUUACUGCUUUUGGCUUUUGUAUUAGCAGCUAGUGAAGAAUCCUACAAAAAUGAACAAAUAUCUGUAAUACUUGACUACUUAAAUGAUCAACCUAGUGAUUAUGUCUACAAAGAAGCCAGACUGAUUGAUGUGAGGCAGAAGGAAGAAACUGUUGAAGUUGACACAGACGUUGAAGCCACAUGUAAGACAUCUUCUGAAGGGUCUUGUAAUGACAAAACUCUGAGAUGCCACAGUUCGUUGAAGGUAGAUCCAAAUAGUUCCAGAUUACAAGUUAUCGGCACAUCAUGCGUUCCCAAAGAAAAAAAGGCGGGAAUUGAUGAAACAUCCAUCACCCAAAAUAACAAUAAUGUUGAGUUUGAGGUUACCCCUGAAUUAGUUAGGCCGGCCGAUGUACCAUGUUUGGGCUGCCCGUUUGACCUGAAUCUUGACGCAGAAGGUGUAACUACCCUUGUUGACACAGCUCUCAAGCAUGUCGAAAGUGAACGCAAUGAAAAACAUGCGCUUGUUAGAGUUCUGAGGCUCCAGCAACAGGUCGUCGCUGGAAUCAAAUACCUUUUGUUACUGGAAAUAGCCCCCACAACUUGCUCUAAAGAUUCAACUAACCCAUCUUGCCCGUUAGACUUGACCAACGGAACUUACAUUUGUGAAGUAGAAUACUUUGAGCAACCUUGGAGAAGCUUAGCAAAAAAUAUCGUCAAAAAUAACUGUACUGUGUCGCAAGAGUUUCUCGUUAAGGAGCCCGAGCAUCAACCUAAUAAAAACAACCAGCAGGAAAUAAAUGAUGAGUUUCUUGCAGAUCUUGAGUCUCAAAUAAUACCCGAGACAAANAAUAAAUCCACAAUAUUCAUUUAUUUGUACUUCUAUGAUGAAUUCAAACUGUUGAAAAAAUUCGCCAAGAAAGCUGCUGGAAAGUCAGGAUGGGACAACGUGAAAACAAAAAUAGUUCGUGUGGACAAGGUGAAAAUAGACGGCUUAUAUUAUUCGAUGCGCGUGAAAAUGGAAAAAACUCCACUGGUCAAAGUGUGCUCUCUUAUGGUUCACACCGAAGAUGAUAUGUCAAAUCCCAUCUUGAUCAAAAGUACAUGUAAUGAUAAAAGAGUACGCAGAGGUAUACCAGGAGGUGUAGUCGACAUAGAAAAAGGUGGAUCUGGACCACCUUUAGUUGGGGGUAUUACUGAAACAUCUCCAAACGACCCACAAGUGAAAGAAUAUUUGAAUGAUGGACUUGUUCAUCUGGACAGCCAAUCAUCACACAGAAACAGAUACAAAAUCCAAGAUAUACUUAGUGCUUCCUCACAGGUAGUCUCGGGAUCAUUGUGGCGGGUGAAAGCUAAACUUGUUCUUUCCAAUUGCAUAAAAGGCGAUAACACCGAAAUUGAAAAGUGUGGAAAACUUCAAGGUGCAGAAAGCAAGAUCUGCGAUUUCGUAAUUUGGGAUCAACCUUGGCUGGAAAAUGGUAGGAAGACGAACAUAACUUGCGACGAUGAAGACAAAUCUUACUAUUUCGUUAGAGGAAAAAGAAGUAUUCAAGAUGAAUCUGAACCACCUUUAGUUGGAGGUAUUACUGAAGAAUCUGGAGUUAAUUCAGAAGUGAAAGAAUUUUUAAAAGAAGGACUUCUCCAUCUUGACGGCCAAUCUUCACACAGAAACAGAUACAAAAUUCAAGAUAUUCUGAGUGUUUCCUCACAGGUAGUCUCAGGAUCUUUGUGGCGAGUGAAGGCCAAACUCGUUCUUUCUGAUUGCGUAAAAGGCGAUAACACCGAAAUUGAAAAGUGUGGGGAACUUCAGGGUGCACAAAGCAAGAUCUGUAACUUCGUAAUUUGGAAUCAACCUUGGCUGGAAAAUGGUAGGAAGACGAACAUAACUUGCGACGAUGAAGACAAAUCUUACUAUCUUGUAAGAGGAAAGAGAAGCCUUCAAGAUUUGGACGAUGACAAAUCUCUGGAUGAAGAUUUGAAUAAUUUAUUUGGAUUAUUUACCAAAACGUACAGAAAAACUUACCUGAACGCAAUGGAGUAUGAUUUCCGUCUAAGGGUUUUCAAAAAAAAUAUCGACAUUAUUCGUUUGCUCAACAAAUUUGAACAAGGAUCAGCAACCUACGGCCUGUCUAAAUACGCGGAUCUGACUCAGGAGGAAUUCUCGAUGAUGCACGGACUGCGCAGGGAUCUACAGAACGAAAACGACUUGCCAUUCCCUUCUGCGGAGAUACCGGACAUCGACAUUCCCACCGAGUUCGAUUGGCGCAAAAAAAACGCCGUCACCGAAGUGAAGGAUCAAGCUAGCUGCGGCAGUUGUUGGGCAUUCAGUACCACCGGUAACGUCGAAGGGCAGUACGCCAUCAAGUAUAAAAAACUGCAGACGUUUUCCGAACAGGAGUUGGUUGAUUGCGACAAAUUGGAUGAAGGAUGCAAUGGAGGACUCAUGGAUAACGCUUACAGAGCUAUAGAAAAAUUAGGUGGUCUAGAGUCUGAAAAAGACUACCCAUAUGAAGCAGAAGAUGAAAAAUGUUAUUUUAACAAAUCCAAAACAAUAGUUAGAUUGUCCGGAGCUUUGAACAUCAGUCACGAUGAAGGAGACAUGGCUAAAUGGCUCGUACAAAAUGGACCCAUCGCUAUUGCCAUCAAUGCCAAUGCCAUGCAGUUUUAUAUGGGAGGAGUGUCCUGGCCCCUCAAGUUCCUUUGUAAUCCCAACAAUUUGGAUCACGGAGUGCUCAUAGUGGGUUAUGGUGUUGAUAGUUUCCCGCGGUUCAACAAAACUUUGCCUUAUUGGAUAGUGAAGAAUUCAUGGGGAAAAUCUUGGGGAGAACAAGGCUACUACAGAGUCUACAGAGGAAAAGGAGUGUGCGGAUUGAAUCAGACACCAUCAAGCGCCAUAGUGGUUUGAUGAACUUUUCAAUCUCUUCGAUUGUGAUUAAGCGGUAGUUGUUGGGAGUAGCAAAAACAACUAUGCAUAUUUUUAUCCAUAUCUUGAGUGUGAUGUGAUAUGAAACGAAAGUAACUAACUUGGAUAUUAUUUUUGCUUAUUAAUUAUAUUCUUUUAUAUAUGUCGCUUUAAGGAAUUUAGGGUGUUAUAUUUUUACUUAUGAAAUAUAUUUGUUAAUUUUUG